GCGGGAGGUGCUGGUUGUUGUUUUUUUUUUGCGCCACACAUUAAAUCCAACAGCUCAAGAAAAGUCAAACAAUAUUUUGCUAAAGUGCUGUUAGCAAGUGAAGUGCAAGUGUGAGCAAUGACAACGUCUUCAAUUAAACGACGCCGUUCCCCCCACGAUGCUCCCGCAUCGAAUGAUGGGGAAGGCCUGGAGAAUGACAACGACAACAACAGCAGCAGUCGGAGCAGAACCAGCAGCAGCAACAGUAACAACAGCAGGGCAUUGCCCACCAAUCGCGUCAGCAUAAACAGCAACAUGUCUAAACGCGACUCCGAGGAAGAUAGCUGGGCAUCCAAGGGCUAUAGCUAUAUCAAUCCGUUUGUGCAUCGCAUACAAAUCGACAAUCAUAUUGAAGUUGCCAAGAUCUAUGUGCUGACUGUGCUGUUGCUGCCCAUACGCGUGGUGGGAUGCGUUUUAUCUCUGCUAUCGGCAUGGAUGUUCGCUUACAUUGGCCUCUAUGGCAUGUCCAUGGAGGAUUUGCAGGCGAAGCCGCUUACCGGCUGGCGCAGGUAUUUGCAGUAUUUGACAGCACGUGCCAUGCGCAUGGUUUAUACUUCCGGCUCGUUUCACUACAUCAAAAUGAAGGGCACACCGGCCACUCCGAAGGAGGCUCCCAUUCUGGUCGUAGCGCCCCAUUCGUCAUAUGUUGACUCCAUUUUGGUGGUUUCUGGACACCCGCCGUCAAUUGUGGCCAAGCGUGAGACAGCGGACAUUCCGCUGCUUGGUCGUAUUAUUAACUAUGCACAGCCCAUUUAUGUGCAGCGAGAAGAUCCCAACUCCCGGCAGAACACCAUAAGGAAUAUUGUUGAUCGUGCCCGUUCGACCGACAACUGGCCGCAGGUGGUGAUCUUUGCCGAGGGAACGUGCACUAAUCGCACAGCAUUAAUCAAAUUUAAGUCUGGCGCCUUUUAUCCGGGCGUGCCCGUGCAACCAGUGCUGCUCCGGUAUCCCAACAAGUUUGACACCUUUACCUGGACCUGGGACGGGCCCGGCGUAUUGCGUCUGCUGUGGCUGACCAUGACCCAGUUUUAUAAUCGUUGCGAAAUAGAAUACCUGCCCGUUUACACGCCGUCUCCCGCUGAAAUGGCCGAUCCCAAUCUCUAUGCAAACAAUGUACGCCAAGUAAUGGCCAACGCAUUGGAGGUGCCCACGUCCGAUUACUCGUUUGAGGAUGUCAUCGUUAUGAGUCGGGCACGUGAAAUGAAAAUUCCCUUCCCUGGUGACAUUGUGGAGAUCGAACAUACGCUCGAUUUUCUUGACCUCUUGGACUCAAAGCGCGACAUGGAACUGUGUGACAAGUAUCUAACGCUGGCCAACGCAGAAAAACUGGACAUAAUCACAUUUGCCGAGCUGCUCCAAGUGGAUCUCAAGAAUCCCAAUUUGCAUAAGCUCUUUGCCCUGCUGGAUCAUCGUAACAAGGGCACAGUGAGUCUGAAAAGCUUCUUGGUCUGUUCGCUGUUUUGCAAAUUGAAAAACUCUGAAAUUAUAACGUUUCUGCGAGCGCUAAUCAAGCUCUAUAGUGAGUCAAGUGAGCAGAUCAGCAGGGAGAACUUCAUGCGCUUAAUGCGGCAUGGCGGCAGCAAAAUGAAUGAGAAAAAGACGCAGGCGCUUUUCUAUGCCCUGGACACAGCAAAUUUGGGAUAUGUAUCUUUCGACAAGUUUGCCCAGUACACGGAGAAACAGCCCAGCUACAAGUUUCUCUAUCACAAGUCAGAGCAUAUAAGGAGGACGAAGAGCAAGGCCACGCCUACAACCAACUGAACAAUCCAAAAGAAUGCAUUUGGAGGCUGCAAUAAAACUUAUAAGCUGGUUCUAUAGAUAUUCAGAGAUAUGCCAUAGGCAAGCGGCAACUGGCAACAUGCAACACGACACAGAGCAAGAGGGAAAUAUAGUGGAGAGACAGAUAGAGAGAGAAAGAGAGAGAAGAGAGAUAGAGCGAACUCAAAUAAGUGUAGCAUAAUGCAAAGCAAAGUCAACCUAA